GACUUCCGGUUCCGGGGCGCCAUUUUGCCGUGAGACAGCACCCCAAGGAGGAAGGAUGCUCUCGACAGGUGGCUACUUCGAGCCCGCGCUCGGCCUGGAUUGUGAGGCGAAGCAAAGAGCUGCCGUGCAGAGGCGCUUCUCGCCUUACACCUUCAAUGGCGGGACUAUAUUGGCCAUUGCUGGUGAAGAUUUUUCUAUUGUUGCCUCAGACACUCGAUUAAGUGAAGACUAUGCUGUUCACAGCCGGGAUAGUCCAAAAUGCUACAAGCUGACAGACACAACAGUUAUUGGCUGCAGUGGAUUUCAUGGAGAUUGCCUUACGCUUACUAAAAUCAUUGAGGCAAGAUUAAAGAUGUACAAGCAUUCCAAUAACAAGAUUAUGAGUGCAGGUGCUAUUGCAGCUAUGCUAUCUACCAUCCUGUAUUCCCGACGUUUCUUCCCUUACUAUGUCUAUAACAUAAUUGGUGGAUUGGAUGAAGAAGGAAAAGGUGCAGUUUACAGCUUUGAUCCUGUUGGCUCCUACCAGAGAGAUACUUUCAAAGCCGGUGGGUCGGCAAGUGCCAUGCUCCAGCCUUUGCUGGACAACCAGGUUGGCCUGAAGAACAUGCAGAAUGUGAAACAAGUGUCUUUGUCCUUGGAAAAGGCUUUGCAGCUAGUAAAGGAUGUCUUCAUUUCUGCUGCAGAAAGAGAUGUAUAUACUGGGGAUGCCCUCAAAAUCUGCAUUAUCACAAAGGAUGGAAUUAAAGAGGAAUCUGUUCCGUUGCGAAGGGAUUAAACUGGUACACUGAUCAGUUAAAUAUUUUUUUAGUGUGUACCCCGUACUUUCUAUUUGUUGUCUGCUAGUGGCAUGAUAAUUGAUAUAUUAAAAAAUGGAAACCCA